AUGGCUGAGGGAGGCGAGCCCACCGAACUUUUUCCCCCGUUGAAAAAGACCAAGUCAGCGGUAUGGGAAUACUUUGGGUAUCAUAAAAAGAGAGACGGCCACGGCUUGGAGGAAGAAGGUCGUCCAACCUGUAAAACAUGCUUGCGGACGGUGGCAGCCCGAGGAGGCAACACAUCAAACAUGAUCGCGCAUCUACGAGAGCACCACCCAUCAUUAUAUGCUAAAUUCAAGGAUAGCAGUAGCUCUGGCAGCAACAGGGCAUCCACGUCAAAAGCUGAAGGUCAGCCCACAAUUCAGCAAUCAUUCCAGAAGCAAAUCAGCUAUGCAGCCACAUCAAAGCAUGCUAAAGACCUUAACAAUGCUGUGGCAUACUUCAUUGCCAAAGACAUGAUGCCCUUUCAAGCUGUGGAGAAACCUGGGUUUCUGAAACUGAUGAAAACAGCAGUGCCACUUUACAAAGUGCCGUCAAGAACAUUCUUCUCAAAGAAUGAAAUCCCAAAGAUGUACGCCGAGGUCAAGGCUCAUGUGCAGAAACAAGUUGCAAAAGGGGUGUGGUUUUCUGCAACAACUGAUUUGUGGACUAGCAGUGGUGGUAGUGGAGAACCAUACAUUAGCUUCACAGUUCAUUUCCUCUCUCCAGAGUGGGAACUUAAGUCCUUCUGUCUAGAAACGAUGCUAUUUCCAGAGGACCACACAGCUGAUCACAUCUUAGAGUGUUUUGGAAACAUGUUGCAGGAGUGGAACAUCACAGAUGGCAGAUUGUCUUCCAUCACAACAGACAAUGCUGCUAACAUGAAAAAAGCAUUUCAUGACCAACCCUAUGUUUGGCUUGGAUGUUUUGGCCAUAACCUCAACCUAGCUAUAGCCAAAAUACUUAAAAUUCAGAAGGUUGACACAGCUGUACGAGCAUGCAGGCAUCUUGUACAAGGUUUCUCUCGCAGCUGGAAGAGAAAAAGAGAACUGAAGAAGCAGCAGGCAACCCUGGACAUUCCUGAAAAGUCACUAAUUCACGAUGUAGUGACAAGAUGGGGGUCCACCUUCAAAAUGAUUGAGAGAUUUCUGGAACAGCAACAAGCAUGUUGUGCAGUUCUUGCAGCAGACAGGAGCUUAUGGCAUUUAAUGCCAAAAGACAGUGAUGUGCUAACUUUGGAAAGGGUCUGCGAACUCCUGGGGCCUCUCAAUGACUUCACUGAUUUACUUGGCUCUGAAACAAAGACCACCCUCUCAUCUUUGAAGCCGGUUAUGGAACACAUCACUGACGUACUGCAUGAGAAUGAGGGAGAUGAUGCCCUAACAAAACAAAUGAAAAAGAUUAUGAUGGAUGAUCUGCAACAACGCUACUCCUGUGAGAGAGUCAAGAAGGUGAUCGACAUCGCUUGCUUCACUGAUCCCCGUUUCAAGGACAACUUUAGUACAAACAAGGAUGAUGUCAUCAGGUCUGUUGAAGAGGAGGCUGUGAAACUGGCAGGUCACACAACCUCAUUGCCACCUCAAGAAUCACCUGCAGCCACUGCUGAUGAAGAACAGGGAACCAGCACUUCCACCACCACUGCCCCCUCUGCUGCCACAAAGAAGAAAGACAAAUCUCUGUCUUGUUUGCUGAAAAAAAUUACAUCAGCAAAACAUCAAAGAGUCGAAGACAAAGAUGCCUCCCCAAAAGAAAGAGUGACAAUGGAGAUUAAACAGUAUUUGUCUUACGCUCCCAUAUCCUCUGAUGCUGACCCACUGGCAUGGUGGAAGACACAUGUGGAAGAGUUACCUCUCCUUAGCAGUGUAGCGAGAAAAUGUCUCUGCAUCCCAGCCACCAGUGUGCCCUCAGAGAGGGUGUUCAGUUCUAGUGGGCACAUCCUCUCACCUCACCGCUCCAAGCUAAAUCCAGAGAAAGUGAACAUGCUCACAUUCCUGCAUCAUAACUUGGACUGA